UAAGAGGACACCGACGAAUUGGGCCGAAGACAGACCUGUGCAACUGCCAGAAGCGCACCAACCGGGUGCUCGUUUGCUCUCCGUUUCCAAAGCUGGAUGACGACGCAGUAACAAUUAGCACCUCUCGUUCACCUCAUCUGGUACAAGCGCGCGCCUUCGGCGCUCGUGGCAACAGCCUUUGGGCCUGCCGAGCUCCUACGAGGCCCGAUGCUGCCCCGGCACCCAGGGCCCUCCCGCGCCGCCCGCGGAGCAGCGCCUGCCGCCGAUGCUUCCGCCCCGACGCCCUUUCCUUCCCCUACCACCCCCACCAUCACCACGACACCCGACUGGGGUGGAGCGCUGCCCGAACCAGUGCUGCUGGCGGCGGCGGCAGGCCACCUAAGCCUGCGCGACACUGCCGCCGCUGCGGCCGUGUGCCGCCGCUGGCACGCCACGCUCCGCUCCUUCCGCCGCUACGUCACCAUGCUGCCUCCUCGCCCCCCUCCAGCUCGCGCAACUGCCAACGCCACACAGCCUAAGCUAGCGGCUAGGGCUUCCGCCGCGGCUGCGUCGCCGAUCGCCGUCGCUGGCAGUAACCCAGCUGCCGCCGUCAACCCCGCCAGCGCGCUAGAGCACUUCCCGCCGCACCUGUUCUCCCGAGCUGACACGGUUUGCCUGCUGCCGCUCACGCCGUCGCGACUGGGCGGCGCCGGCGGCGGAAGCGAUGACGCCAACGGUGGCGACGGCACCAGGAGCAGUGCGGGCGGCAGCGGCGGACAGGGGCCGCAGGGCGGCGCAGGGCAGGGCGGCAGCGGCGGACAGGGGCCGCAGGGCGGUGCAAGGCAGGGCGGCAGCGGCGGCAGCGGGAUGGCGGCACGGGUAUUGGGUGUGGCGGACGCGAACACGGCGAGCGGGGCCGCGGACGUGCGGCCCUACAUGGCCAUGUUUGCAGCAGCCCUGGCGGCGCACGCGCAGCCGUCGCUCACAGUCCUCGCAGCCACGCCCGAGACGGAGACCGCCGCCGCCGCCACGCAUGCCGCCUGCCACCUGGCCGCUGCCGAGGCGGCGCAGCGCGCCGCCGCUGCCGCCCGCCGCCGGGCCAACGAAAACGGAAACCUGUGGGCCGGCGGCGGCGGCUCCGCCGCCGCCGGUGAGGCAGUUGAUCCGUACCUGCCGUACACCUCCCUGUCCGUACCCAUGCUGGCGUUUCUCAACGGCCUGCUGUCGUAUCUGCCGCCGCCGCCAGCGUCGCCGCCGGGACAGCAUCUGACGCGGCUGGCGCUGCGGCUGGCGGCGAUGCCGCCGCCGGCGGCGCUGGCGCCACUGGCGCUACUGCCGUCGCUUCGGCGGCUGGAGCUGGCGGGCGGGCCUGGCGCUGUGCUACUGCGCGCCCACCUUGGCGCCUUGGCGGCGCUGGGCGGCAGCAGCAGUGGCAUGAGGAAUGGCAGUAGCAGCAGGCAUGGCAGUGGCAGGGGAGGCGGCGGGCUGCGCGAGCUGGUGCUGGAGGGCGUGUGGGACAUGCGUCGCCCGGCGGCGCAGAUUGGGCAGCAGCAGCAGCAGCAGCAGGUAGGAAUGGGAUUUGCGGCACAUGGCUUUCCGGCGGCCGAUGAAGACUUGGAGGAAGAUGAAGAUGCGGGCAUGGCGGCGGCGGCGGCGGCGCAGGGCGGCGGCGGCGGUGGCGGUGGCGGCGGUAUGCCUGCCGUCGACGGAACUUAUGAUGACCUGGGCUAUCUGACAGAGGACGGCGGUUUCUUGUGGCCAGCUCUGUUUGGCAGCCUACAGGAACUAGAGGUGCUGCGGCUGCGCUCACGCGCGCCGCCGGCUGGGGGGCUAGCGGGCCACGGCGACGGCGGCGGCUUUGGGCGCGGGCCGUUGGUCUUGGAUCUGGAUCCGCUGACACGGCUGCGCGAGCUGUCUGUCCUGGGGACGUCCGAGGGAUGGCCGGCGGCGGGCAUGGGGGACCCGUGGAUUCCAGCUGGAUUCAGUCGGAUUGGAUAUAAAUUAGAUGUGCAGCUGUGGCGCGUCGCGCCCCUGCUGCAGGGCCUGACGGCCCUGGAGGUUGACAAGUCGUUGUCGGUUGGCGAGUGGGCGGGCGUGCGGCAGUUGGAGUCGUUGGCGGCGGUUGGCUUGCGCGCCGAGGUGGCGGGCCACAUAACGCCGCCAACGGUUUUGGGCCGCAGCGUGGUGGUUGCGUACGGCGUCAACGGCGCCGCCGGCGGUGGGCGUGAGGAGGUAUCGUUCCCCUUGCCCGUGCCCUCCGACUAUCCCUUUGGCGGCGGCGGCGGCGAUAUGGGUCGAAGCAGCGCAGGCAUAGACGGUGCAGGAGGAGGUGGUGGCGGGCUGGCACCACCGCUGGCGUCAGCGGCGCCGCUGGACCUGUUUGCGGCGGCGGCGCCGCCGGGCGCUGGCGGCGGCGGCGGCGGCGACGUGAACUGGUCGUCGUGGCAGAUGCGCGGCAGGCUGUCGAGUCUGGCGGCGCUGCGGGUGCGGCUGGAGCCGCUGAGGUUCCUGUCAGAGGCCACCAGCCUCACACGCCUGCAUCUGCAGUGGCCCGGCGCGCCGGCCUCACGCGCGCCGGUGCUGCUACUGCCGGCCGCCGCGGCCGCCGCCGGCUGCUACAGCCCUGGCCGCGCCGCCGGCAGCUGGAGCUCCGCGCCGCCGCUCUUCCAGGCCGGCAGCAGCCCAGGUGCCGCCGCCGCCGCCGCCGGUGCAGGCGGCUGGCCAGCGGCAGCGGAGCCGGCUGUGCCGGUGGCGGCGGCGGCGCCGGCUGACGUCAAAGUGGCCAACUGGAGUGUGUAUGACGCAAUGGCGGCGCGGCGGCGCUAUGUGGGCUGUCUGGCGGCGCUGACGGAGCUGGCGGAUGUGGAGCUGGACUGCCCGGGCGGCGAGCUGGUUUUGGACGCAGGGCUGCUGACCGCCCUCGCGCCGGCCUGGCGCCGACUGAAGCGGCUGGUGUGGUGGGGCGCGGUGCGGGACACACACACCGCUGAUGCCGAUGCCUGCGGCGCCGGCGCUGGCAGCAGCAGUGCCUUCGACGCUGCAGCAGCAGGGACUGCCAGCUAUGGCAGCGUUGACCACCACAGCCUGGCGUCGACAUUGCGACUCUUCUCCAAGCUGCAGGAGCUGGGGCUGCAUUCGCUAGACGUGCGCUUCUCGCUGCCGAUCUUCUCCGCCGCGGGGCGCUCCGCCGGCGGCGCGGCCGCCGCCGCCGCCGCCGUCUCCACCAACGCCAACGGCGGGCGCGGUCCGCAGCCGCCGCUGCUGCUGCGCCUGCUGCCCGGACGAGGCCUGCCGCCCGCGCUCGAGGUGCUGUCUCUCACGAGCGUGGCCGUGGUGGUCGGCGACACGGGCGGCACGGGGCCAGCGAGAGCGCCACCGCCACCCGCGGCCUCGCUUGCGCGCGCUCCGUCCGGCGGCGGCACUUCUUCCGCAGACCUGCUGCUACGCAUACAGCAGCAGCAACAGCAGCAAGCGCAGCAGCAACUGCAGCAGCAGAGGCAGAAGGGUGCCCUGGGCAGGCUUCACAGCCUAACGCUGGGCGCAGGCUGUAGCUGGCACUCGGCCGCCGCCGCCGCCGCUGCUACUGCCGGUUUUGCUGCAGCCGACGGCAGCGGCGGCGGGACCGCUGUUUCAUCUUUGGCUGCUACUGCCGCUGCUGCUGUUGCUGCAGCAGCUGGCGGCGAUAGCUGCAGGCCAGCUCCUGGGGACUCGGGGGCUGUGGUGUGUUGGCUGGGGCGGCUGGGUGGCGUGCCGAUGCUGACGCGGCUGCAGCUGCUGGCAGCGCCGCCCCUGCCCCUGGCGGCGCUGGUGGCGGCGCUGGCUGGCGGCGGCGGCGGCGGCGGUGGCGGUAGCGGCGGCGGUGUGGGUCGACAGCUCCGGUCGCUGGCGUUUGCGGUUAGUGAGGCCGAGGUGUGUGCCCGCGGCGGCGGUGGCGGCGGCGGUUGGCCCCUGCACCGCCUGGCCGCGCUGCUGCCACGACUGGAGCACAUGGCUGUAGCACUGUCGCCCGCACCUGCUACAGCCGCUGCUGCAGCUACAGCCGGUCCUGCUGCUGCUGCUGCAGCAGCAGCCGCGCACCCGGAAGCUGCGGGGCCCCUAGAGGCCGCGGAGCGAGCUGUGGCAGGGACGACUGGCAGCGAGCGCAUGGAGCAGGAGGAGCUGCUGGAGGUCGGGCCGGGGGCGCCGCUGCGGCGGCUGGUGGCGGCGCUGGUGGCGGCGGCGGCGCCGCCGCCGGCGGGCCGGGGGCUCCUGCCCGCACUGCGGCGGCUGUGGCUGGGAGGCGUGACGAGCACGGCGGCAGCAGGUCCGGGCGGGCUGACGGGUGAGGGCGCCGCACACGGGCUUGAGGAGGUCUUCGACGGCAUUGAGAAGCUGCACUGCCUGUCUGAGCUGCACCUAGCCGGCCCCCGCCGCCUGCUGCACGCCGCCGACGCCGGCCCCCUGGAGCGGCGGCUGGCGGCGGCGCUGCCGCACACACACGUCACCGUGCUCACCUACUAGCUGGAUGGCGGCUGCAUUGGCACUGGUACUUGCGCAGCACACUGGGCGCGGCUGCAUUGGACACAAGCAGGCGCCGGGGGCACCGCCAGAAGAAGAGCAUGUGUGAUGCUGGUGCUGCUACCGCCGCAAGGCCGCUACUCCUACUGCUAUUGCUGCAGCGACGCGGCCCCGCUUGCUACUGCCACAGUUCUACCGCUGCGGCGGCAGCAGGCGAGCCCUCAGCUGCUCGUGCUGCCGGCACAGCUCCACGUACAGUUCGUGCAGCUGCUGCCGAGCCGCCUCCACUGCUACUGCCACUGGUGCUGGUGCUGGCUUUGCAGGGGGUGCUGCUGGUGCUGCCGCAGCUGCGGUGGGCUUGCCGCAGUCGCAGCCGCGCUGUUCGCCUGAGACGGCUGGCGGCAGUAGCAGCAGCGGCUGUAGCGCCUCCAGCAGCGGCGCGCACUUGUCUGGGUGCCACCGGAGCGCAGUCGCGUGGAAGGCGCCACGAGCCGCACCCAGCAGCUCGGCGGCAGUAGCAGUAGUGAUGGCAGUGGCAGUAGCAGCUGAUGCGGUGGCGGCUGGGGCGGCGGCGGCUGGGGCUGGGGCAAUCGUGCGCUGCUCCAGCUCUAGCAGGGUGAGGGCUGACAUCAUGCCUGUGUUAGGAAAUUGGCAAGGAGGUUGGGUCGAAUUGUAAAUUUAUAAUGCGCGUGUGUUUGCGGACAUGAGCGCACGCGAUGCACGCACUUGUAUUAUACUAAAGAGCAAGAGGAGGGAUGGUACUGUAGGCGGUGGCGUAAAGGCCGUCAAGGCCGUGCACAGUUUGCGAACUCUGUCAGCAGCAGCGGGCUGCGUGGGACAGGAUGCGGCGGAGGCGACAUCGCAUGGUGAGGUUGCAUGUACGUUAGGUUUGCUUGAGCGUGAGCGCAGUCACUGUCAGACCAAUGAGGGUCCAACUCGUUUCGCAAUCGACUCCCACAAUUCCCGCAAUGUCCACGACGUACGCUGGGCCUGAAUCUGGCAAUAAGGGCUGGCUGAGUCUCGAGUGUUGCAGGCGGUCCACAGCACGUUAGCAGGGGUGCUUUGACAUACAUAUCGCUGUGUAAGCGCUGUAGUGA